UAGAGCUAGCUUGACAGUGGUGUGAAGAUGGCGGCGUACAGUUAUUCUACGCUGCUGCCGCUGCUGUUGUUGUCCGUGUGUCUCUGCGGCUUCGGCUCCGUCCUCGGCUUGAAGGCUGCCAGCGGUCCGGCCGAGCCGCCUAACCCGCCCAACCCGCCCAUCGUCAGAGCCGUGGAUCCCCCGGCCAAGGAUGCACCUGCCGUCGCUGCCGUCGCUGCCGCCGCUGGGGCCUCUCAGCCACGAAGGGCGACCGGUUGGAAGCUGUCGGAGGAGGAGGCCUGCCGGGAGGACCUGUCCCGCCUCUGUCCCAAACACACCUGGACCAACAACCUGGCCGUGCUGGAGUGCCUGCAGGACCGCAGAGAGGAAUCUGAGAUUGCUCCUGACUGUAACCAUUUCCUGUGGAACUAUAAACUCAAUCUGACCACGGAUCCAAAGUUUGAGUCGGUGGCCUCGGAGGUCUGCAAGAGCACCAUCGCUGAGAUAAAGGAGUGUAACGAGGAGGAGCGAGGGAGGGGCUACCUGGUGUCCUGCCUGGUGGAUCACCGUGGCAACGUCAGCGAGUACCAGUGCAACCAGUACAUCACCAAGAUGACCAGUAUCAUCUUCAGCGACUACAGACUGAUCUGCGGCUUCAUGGACAAAUGUAAAGAAGACAUCAACAGCCUGCACUGUGGCAGCAUCAACGUGGGACACAAAGACAUCCACUCCCAGGGCGAAGUCAUCGCCUGUCUGGAGAAGGCGUUAGUGAGGGAGGAGGAGCAGCAGGAUCAUGUUCAUCCAAUCAAAGAGGAGUGUCAGAGGGCGAUCCUGCGGGUGGCAGAGUUGUCGUCGGACGACUUUCACCUUGACCGACACCUUUACUUCUCCUGCAGGGACGACCGCGAGAGAUUCUGUCAGAACACUCAGGCAGGAGAAGGGAAAGUCUACAAGUGUCUGUUCAAUCACAAGUUUGAGGAGGCCAUGUCAGAAAAGUGCCGUGACGCUCUGACCACCCGUCAGAAGCUCAUCUCUCAGGACUACAAAAUCAGCUACUCUCUGGCUAAGGCCUGUAAACUGGACCUGAGGAAGCAGCGCUGCAGCCUGGACAACAACCAGCCGCGAGCCCGCGAGGCCCGGCUCUCCUACCUGUUGCUGUGCCUGGAGGCUGCUGUGCACCGCGGUCGUCCGGUCAGCGGCGAGUGUCAGGGCGAGAUGCUGGACUACAGGCGGAUGCUGAUGGAGGAUUUCUCCCUGAGUCCGGAGAUCGUGCUGCACUGCCGGACGGAGAUCGAGGCUCACUGCUCCGGCCUGCACCGCAAAGGUCGCACGCUGCACUGCCUGAUGAGAAUCGGGCGCGGCGACCGCAGCACCGCCAUCGACAGCGUCUGCCAGGGCGCCCUGCAGACUUUGAUCCAGUCUGCCGACCCCGGAGCCGACUAUCGCAUUGAUCGAGCGCUCAACGAGGCCUGCGAGUCCGUCAUCCAAACCGCCUGCAAACACAUUCACAACGGAGACCCAAUGAUCUUAUCGUGCCUGAUGGAGCACCUGUACACGGAGAAGAUGGUGGAGGACUGUGAGCACCGACUGUUGGAGCUGCAGUAUUUCAUAUCCAGAGACUGGAAACUGGACCCCGUCCUGUAUAAGAAGUGUCAGGGUGACGCUGCUCGACUCUGCCACACACACGGCUGGAACGAGACCAGCGAGCUGAUGCCACCGGGCGCCGUCUUCUCCUGCCUGUACCGCCACGCCUACCGCUCCGAGGAGCAGGGGCGCCGGUUAUCUCGGGACUGUAAGAUGGAGGUUCAGAGGAUUCUCCACCAGAGGGCGCUGGACGUAAAGUUGGACCCUGAGCUGCAGAAACGCUGCAUGACCGACCUCGGCAAGUGGUGCAGCGAGAAGACGGACGCUGGACAGGAGCUGGAGUGUCUGCAGGACCAUUUGGAGGACCUGGUGUCUGCCUGCAGGGAGGUCGUGGGGAACCUGACGGAGCUGGAGUCCGAGGACAUCCAGAUUGACGCUCUGCUCAUCAGAGCCUGUGAGCCCAUCACUCAGGCCCACUGCCAUGAUGUAGCUGAUAACCAGAUGGAUACAGGUGAUCUGAUGGAGUGCUUGGUUCAAAAUAAGCAUCAGAAGGAGAUGAACGAAAAAUGUUCAGUUGGCGUGACACACUUCCAGCUGCUUCAAAUGAAGGAUUUCCGGUUCUCCUAUAAAUUCAAGAUGGCCUGUAAGGAGGACGUUCUCCGCUUGUGUCCAAACAUCAAGAAAAAGGUCGAUGUCGUCAUCUGUCUCAGCACCACGGUGAAGAACGACACGCUGCAGGACGCCAGGGAGCAGCGGGUUUCACUCAAAUGCCGUAAACAGCUGCGGGUGGAGGAGCUGGAGAUGUCGGAGGAUAUUCGUUUGGAACCAGAGUUGUACGAUCCCUGUAAGUCCGACAUCAGUCGUCUGUGUCCCAACGUGGCCUUUGGUAACGCUCAGAUGAUCGAGUGUCUGAAGGAGCAGAAGAAGCACCUCAGUCAGCGCUGCCACCAGCGCAUCUUCAGGCUGCAGGAGGUGGAGAUGACCGACCCCGAGCUCGACUACCAGCUGAUGAGAGUCUGCAAGCAGAUGAUCAAGCGGUUCUGUACUGACGCGGAUGCCAGGAGCGUCCUUCAGUGUCUGAAACGGAACAAGAACAGCGAGCUGAUGGACCCCAAAUGUAAACAGAUGAUCACCAAGAGACAGAUCACACAGAACACAGACUACAGGUUGAACCCGGUGUUGAGAAAAGCUUGUCGAGCCGACAUCCCAAAGUUCUGCCAGCCCAUCCUGAACAAGGCGAGUGAGGACAGCGAGCUGGAGGGUCAGGUCAUCGCCUGCCUCAAACUCAAAUAUGCCGACCAGAGGUUGUCUCCAGACUGUGAAGACCAGAUCAGAGUGAUUCUCCUGGAGUCAGCGCUCGACUACAGACUCGACCCACAGCUGCAGAUGCACUGCACAGAUGAGAUCUCCAGGUUGUGUGCGGAGGAGGCAGCAGCUCAGGAGCAGACCGGCCAGGUGGAAGAGUGUCUGAAAGUCAACUUGCUGAAAAUCAAACAGGAGGGCUGUAAAAAGGAAGUCCUGAACAUGCUGAAGGAGAGUAAGGCGGACAUCUUUGUGGACCCGGUCCUCCACACAGCCUGUGCACUGGACCUUAAACACCACUGCGCUGCCAUCACGCCCGGCAGAGGACGACAGAUGUCGUGUCUGAUGGAGGCGUUACAGGACAAGAGAGUUCGUCUGCAGCCGGAGUGUAAGAAAAGACUUCAAGACCGCAUCGACAUGUGGAGCUACGCUGCAAAAGUGGCGCCAGCAGAGGGCUUCUCAGACCUGGCCGUGCAGGUGAUGAUAUCGCCCUCCAAGAACUACAUCCUGCUCAUGAUCUCACUGAGCGUGUGCAUCCUCUUCCUGGUGGGGCUGCUGUGCGGUCGGAUCACCAAGCGAGUGACGAGAGAACUGAAGGACCGGUAGAGGACGAGAGAGCGCUGACAAAAGACUGACUCCUCGCACCUUCCUCCUCCUCCUCUUCCUCCUCCUCCUCUCUCAGAUGCCCGGUCUGUAACCAGCCAACCUGCACAGUGCCAACGCCAGUGCCCACAUCUGGAACUCCUCCCUUUAUUGGCUGCUGCUGAAUAUUUGCAUCAAAUGCAAAACAACCCCCACGACUCUCACGAAAAUCUCCAAACUGAUCGUCUGAUUGGAGCGUUUCUUUCCCUCCAUGAUUAUAUUUCCUUCCCCCAACAAAUCUGCUUCUUCUGAGGAUGUUGUUUGGGGUCAGAUGUGAGGUCUCCCGGCAUCUUUUUAGUUUCUAAAUAAGCGCUGUUCAUGAUGUGACUGAGGGCUGCUGCUUCUGAGGUUUGGAUUGCUUUCCACUCGUUGAGUCCUGAUGCUUUUUUGUGAUAUUUAACUCAGAGACUGGAGCAUGUAGAGCAACACGACGUUGUUUCUUUCUAAGUGACUGCGGCUGCCUGAAUCGCACACUGAGCAACUAAACUUUGGGGUUGAAUUCUUUGACACGUUCCUGUUGCUUUCAAACAUUUACUUUUCUCGUCCAUCAUGAAGUCCCGUCCUCUUCGCUCCUGUACCUGAUCACGUCCGGCUCGAGAGGUACGUUUCUCAACGUCAAGUUUUGGAUUCUUCUGGAGAUCUUCAUCAUGACCUGUGUCGUCCCGUUCUCUGUUGCCUUUAAUGAACACAAUCUAUCACAUAACACAUAACUUAAGCAACCUGCUUGAGCACAAACAUGAGCAUUUGUUUGUGUUUUGUUCGGGAGGAAGUUAAUAUCGAUAUGGCAUUUAAACGGCUGGUUUUCGCCGCAUACAAAUGUUUUAAAUGUGCUGAUAAGUUAUGCAUCAAUGACAUGCUAAAGGUCAGACCUGCACUGAGCUGCAAACGUCGAAAUGUUUUCCCCUCAGAGGUUUUUACUCUGCAGGCCCUGAGGCCCAGUUCUACAUUUAUUUGUUUCCACCUACGCGUAAAGUUUAUUUACAGACAUGCAUGUACACAAACCGUAGACAAACAUCAGACGUGAGAGAAAACACAGUCUGCAUUUGGCAAUACAAGUCGGAGGUAAUCAUUUACAAAGAUAAAAGCUUUUUCUGUUUCAAAUAGCAGAGAUGAAAUAGCAACACCUCUAAUGCUGUCUACGUCACACUGCAUGUCUUUUGUUUGAUCCGUACACAAUGUAAGAAAUGUAAAAACAAUUAUAUGUGGUUUGGACAGGGAGUCAUACGGGAACAUCUUGAGGGUGAAUCCUGGAGUCUGCAUGGGUUAUCAAGAAAUAGGUUUUACAUUUCUGUUUGUAUACAGAUUAAACAAACGGGACAUAAAGUGUUGGUAGGCGUAUUUUAUUUGACUUUGGACAGAGCCAGGCUAGUUGUCUCCCCCUGCUUCCAGUAUUUAUGCUAAGCUAAUUGCUCCAGCUCUUAUAAAACCCACUGUACGCCACCUGUCCACACGGCUUGUUCUGCUGCCCCCAAGUGGCCAAAAGACUCAAUUAAAGCUGCUUCAAGUGGCCUUGACUACAGUCUGAGGGGCCAGUGUGCAGCAGUCAGAGUGAGUUGGUGUGACUGAAAUAUUCUGAUCUGUGUUUAGAUUGCCAUUUAUUUCCACAUAUCACUAUCGCCUGAAGCUUGAGCUGACUAACAUCAGAUGUAAUAUUAAAGAAAAGAUAAAAAAAAGUGACAAAUGACGUUUGGCUUUAUGCUGACUUCACAAGAGAUUAAUCAAUUUUGGAAACUCAGAUGGAAAAUCCCUGCUCAGUAUUUUACAGACUUGUGAGCCAUACUCAUUUUUUUGCAGGCAAAUGUAACUUUAAUUGUAACUGAAGAGACGCAAAAAAUAUUUUUGCAAUUUAAUUUUUUUUCCUGAUUAAUAUUUAAUUUUGCACUUUAACUUGAUGCACGUCACGUCUGCAGUGCGCUGACAUCACUGGGAAAUGAGCCUCAUUCAUUUGUAAAAAAUAUUUCUAAAAGGUAACCUCACCUUUCUUUUAGCGAAUGUUCUGCAGCUUUUAUCUUAAUUUUUGUAAAUGAUUUAGAAACAGAACGUCAGCAGCAUAUUCACAAUAUGUCCUGCUCAUUUACAAAAGUUGAUUAACUGAAGUUGCAGAUCAUUUGUGAACCCGUUUAAAGGAGCGUCCUCUACCUGAAGGCCGAGCCGGUCGAUGGUCCGACAGAAACGGCUCGCCGCUUUGAGUUUUCUAAAUGAUCUUUGUUUCUGCCGACUUCAGGAAAUAAAGACGGCUAUCAUCAUAACCAGUUUUGUACAUUAAGUCUCUACGUAAACAAACUUGAUCGGUGUGCAGUUUUUUUUCUUUUUACAUUAUGCCAUGUAAUAUGAACCGUAACAGAUUUAUCAUUGUGAAGUUUGAUUUUGCUGUACAGAUAAAAAUUUGUCAAUUUAAUAAAACUGUCUGCAGAUUUUCAUA